AAGUCAUGGUCUAUCACACAUUCCACUUGUGCACUCCGAUUUGAUGGGGAAUUUCGCAUAGCUUUUGGGAAAACUAGAGCGGAGCGGGGCAAUCGAUCAUCGAGGAGUUUAAGGUUGGAGGAUUCGAUCGUUGAACGAUUCCCUGGCUCUAAUUCCCAAACGGAGACACCGUCAAUGGCGGGAUCAUCAUUGUCGGCGGCGGCCGUGAGGUCAUGGAGAACGGCGUUUCUUACUCUGAGAGACGAAACCCUAACGAGCCCUCCUUCCAUUCCUCAACUUGUCCAAUCCCUAAUCUUCUCUCACUCUCACUCUUCUUUCAUCUCUGCCGCCCCCGAUCUCCCUGCCCACGAGGUGACUUCCGAUAUAUUAUUUCUCAUCCAACUUGUUGUCAAUGCCUCCCAAUUUCAACAAGAUUUUAUCCCCACCUUUUCCAACACUUGGCACUUGAUCCAUGACGUCACUCGUCGAGUUUCUCUUGAUAUGAAUUCCUCAUCUUGGGCUUUGAUUCUCGAAUCCUUCACCAAAAUGAUGGAUUUUUUUCUUGCCAAAGCAACCUCCAAUGCUGCUUUGUAUAAACCAGUUUUGGAAUGCUUAGAAACUGUCAGAUAUCUUGUCAGUGAAAACCAACGAAAAUGCACUGUGUCAGAUGAUGUUCAGUUGGUAAAUUUUCUUCUCCACAUCAUUGCAUGUUCGCACGUGGAUUUAAUCUCCUUGUAUCGUCCAAGUGGCAAUCAAAAGAGUACUAUUGAAAAGGGAAAGAAAUUACCACGAUAUGGUAGUUUAUGGGAGGUUCAAACUGCUGCCUUUACUAUGCUUGGUGAAGUAUAUUCAAGGACUGGUUCUUCUUUUCAAUUUGAUAUUUGGCAAUCAACUAUUCAGGUUCAUAGGAAGAUGAUGGACUUAUUAGCAUCCAAGAAUUUGGUUGUGGAAGACAUAGUAAUGUCCAGGUUUUAUGCAUCACUUCUGCAUUGCCUUCAUUUGGUUCUUAUGGAUCCUAAAGGUUCUAUUUCUGAACAUGUGUCUGGUUUUGUAGCAUCCUUGCGAAUGUUUUUCAUUUAUGGCCUUACUAGUGGACCCCAACUCAUGUCUGCUGCUGUUGGUUGCAAGGAGAAGGAACUUGGUUCACUGAGUCUUAAGUUUACUUCAGAAGAGCCUAAAAGAACAAAUAAUUCUCUGUAUAAGCCCCCGCACUUGCGCAAAAAGGAUGGUUUAAAUACAAGGCAGGCUAAAGCUCAGGAUUCUCAGAUUUCUUCUGAUCAUGAUUCUCCUAUCGUUGAUGUUACAUCGUCAGAUUCCGAUUACAGUGAUAAUGAUGGAUCACUUAAAGAUAUUAAUAGUUCUUGUUACUCAAAGGUUAGAGUAUCUGCCAUUGUUUGUGUACAGGAUCUUUGUCAAGCUGAUCCCAAGUCCUUUACAACUCAAUGGACGAUGCUUUUGCCAACCAAUGAUGUACUACAACCAAGGAAAUUUGAAGCAACUCUAAUGGCAACCUUGCUAUUUGAUCCUUACUUAAAGGCUCGAAUGGCGUCGGCCUCAGCUCUGGCUGUCAUGAUGGAUGGGCCUGCUACUGUUUUUCUUCAGGUAGCGGAAUACAAAGAAUCUACUAAGUGUGGAUCUUUUAUGGCACUUUCUAGUUCACUUGGCCAGAUACUAAUGCAACUUCAUACUGGUAUUCUGCACUUAAUUCAGCAUGAAACUAAUAGUCGGUUGCUGGUGUUGGUAUUCAAGAUUCUCAUGCUUUUGAUAUCAUGCACACCAUAUUUACGAAUGCCAGGAGAUCUGUUGCUGAAAGUAAUUUUGUCUCUGCAAGCUAGGAUUGAAGCAGGUUUUCCAUUCAAAAGUGAUCAGACUGGUCUGCAGGUCGCUGCUAUUAGUUGUUUGACAGCUGCUUUAUCAGUUUCACCUUCAAUCCAAGUCAAAGAAAUGAUUUUAGAGGAAGCGUUGACAGGUUUUGUGGAGGCUGACAAUAAGUCUGGUGUUCUUUUUACAUUACUUAAACAUUCUGAACGACUAAGCAACCCAACAAUAUGCUUUGAAGCACUACAGGCCCUUCGAACUGUUUCACACAAUUACCCUGACUUAAUGUUAGUAAGUUGGGGACAAAUUUCUGCCAUUGUUCAUAAAAUUCUGAGAGAAGCUACUGCUGAAGUUCCAACUAAGACCUGGAAGGAACAAGCUGGAAAUACUAUUGUGUUUGUUGGGGAAAAAAUGGUUACAGCUGCUAUAAAGGUUUUGGAUGAAUGUCUUCGUGGAAUAUCUGGAUUUAGAGGAACUGAGGAUCUUUCGGAUGAAAAAUUUUUGGAUACCCCAUUUACUUCUGAUUGCGUAAGGUCAAAGAAAGUAUCAUCAGCCCCAUCUUAUGGACCACAGAGUAUGGAGGAUACAAAAGAACAAAAUAAAUGUUCAUCAGGAAUUGAGCAGUGGGCUGAGACAAUUGAGAAGCACAUGCCUCUCGUUCUAGGGCAUACUUCUGCAAUGGUGAGAACUGCAUCAGUAACUUGUUUUGCUGGAAUCACUUCCUCUGUAUUCUUCACUCUCACGAAAGAAAAACAAGAUUUUGUUGUCUCAUCUUUAAUCAGUGCUGCUACGCAUGAUAAGGUUCCUUCAGUUAGGUCAGCUGCUUGUCGAGCCAUUGGUGUUGUCUCUUGUUUCCAGAAAACUUCUGAGAGUGCAGGGAUCCUUGGCAAGUUUAUCCAUGCUGUUGAGAUUAACACUCGUGAUCCUGUGGUUUCGGUACGAAUACCAGCCUCUUGGGCUUUGGCAAACAUAUGUGAUUCUUUCCGCCACUUUGUUGAUGAUUUUCCUUUAAAAAAGUCAACAGAAUCAGAUACAAACUCCCAAUUAGUGGAGUUGUUAACUGAGUGUGCUCUGCGCCUAGCAAAGGAUGGGGACAAGAUCAAAUCAAAUGCCGUGAGAGCUCUGGGAAAUCUUGCAAGAUUUGUCAGAUAUACAAGUUCAUGUGUGCAUAAUAAGCCAGUGCCAAAUACAGGAUUUUCUUCUUCUUGCAACAAUCUUACUAUGUUGCCAGCAAGAAGCAAUCUGAAAGCUUUUGAUGCAGGCACAAUAAAUUCAUCCUACCCAGCAUCAUUGAAGGAUUUGGAUUGGCUGUAUAGAAUGGUACAAGCAUUUAUUUCUUGUGUUACAACUGGAAAUGUCAAGGUUCAAUGGAAUGUCUGUCAUGCGCUGAGCAACCUGUUUUUAAAUAAGACAAUACAACUGCAGGAUAUGGAUUGGGCUCCGUCAGUUUUUGGUAUUCUUCUGUUACUCCUACGUGAUUCUUCGAACUUCAAGAUCAGGAUACAAGCUGCUGCUGCAUUGGCUGUGCCAGCAUCAGCACUUGAUUAUGGGAAAUCUUUCCCUGACAUUGUCCAAGGUCUGGAGCAUGUAGUGGAGAAUCUAGGUUCAGACCAAAUUUCAGUGCCAUCAAGUUUCAAAUAUAGAAUUGCACUUGAGAAGCAGUUAACUGCAACCAUGUUGCAUGUUCUUAGCUUUGCUUCAACCACUGAUCACCAACCUCUGAAAGAUUUUCUUGUCAAAAAAGCAUCCUUUCUGGAGGACUGGUUUAAGAUGGUAUGCUCAUCACUGGGGGAGACUACUGCUCAGCCUGAGAUUGAAAGUGAUUCUAUUGGCAACCAAAAGAAAGAGAUGAUAUCCAAAGCUCUACAAUCAUUGAUUGAAGUUUAUGAAGGCAAGAAACAGCUUACAAUCUCUCAGAAAUUCAAGAAGCUGGACAGUAGCAUAUCCUGAAUAUAUCAUAAUCAGCCAUUUUCAUUUUGCUUGGCUGGCUGAUCAUUUUUGUUUUGUUAUAUGGGUAAUCUUGGUUUCGAGCACCUUAAGGAUUACUUUGAGUCUUUGAAUCCUUGAAUGGCAGUUUGCCCCUCAAAAGCCAAUUCAUUGGAAUUUGGAAACACCCUUUCCUGUCCUCUGAUUGAACAUAGAGUGGGGAGUAACAGAAUUAUCCGGCGUGCAUGAGGGCCCCUGAUGGUGAGGAAAGUUUGGUGCAGGAUCUUCGAGUCGUACACAGCUAGUCCUUCUGGUAGAAAUUCAAUGUGAAUUAGAUGAAUGGGGUCCUGAUGUAUGUAAAUUAUGAUGUUUUUGCUUGUAACCGUAGCUGUGUGCAGCAAGCGGUUAGACUCGGAUGCAUAGGAAUUACUAUGUUACCAAUUUUGCUUGUAAGAUUUAAUUAGUAGCGUAAUCAAAGGGGGUCCCUGAUCAGACUUUCUACUA